CAGUCGUCUUCGUUAGGCUUACCGCUCGAACACACCCAUUCUAUCCCUGUGCUGACCUCUGACAGCUGCCUCUCCCUACACAAACACGGAAGCAGCAUGGCGUCAGACAGCAACAGCUCCGAGAGCCAACGAAUUGCACAGCAAAGAUUGAGGAUAAUUGCCGGGCAUUUACAGAAACAUAAGGACGAUGACUCGGGAAUUAUCGUAACUGAAUGCAAAGCUGAAGCGAAUAAAGGGACGGUGCCGAGAAAGAGGCAGGAGAUUAUGAAGUGGAAUGGCUGGGGGUACAGUGACUCCAAAUUCCUCUUCAAUAAGAAGGGUCAAGCAGAAUUCACAGGCAAAAGGUAUAGGCUAAGCGGGAUGGUCCUGCCCAGUUUGCAGGACUGGUUUGAAAACACCUUUGGCGCCAGUGUGAACCAUAAAAGCCCCGCGACACCCGCUCUGAAUGCCAGUGCUGUGCCACCGGCCAGACUGAACAAGGCGUUCGUUGAGGACCUGAAGGCCACGGGCAUCCCCUUCUCCCAUGAGGCUGAGGACAGGGUGUUCCGUGCCCACGGUCAUUGCUUACAUGAAAUCUUUGCUCUCAGAGAAGGGAAGAAAUUUGAGCGGGUUCCGGACAUGGUGGUGUGGCCAAACUGCCACAACGACGUGGUGAAAAUUGUGGAGCUGGCAUGCAAGCACAAUGUUUGUUUGAUACCGUACGGCGGAGGGACCAGUGUGACCAGUGCUCUAGAGUGCCCCCCGGAGGAGACUCGCUGCAUCGUCUCUCUGGAUACUUCACAGAUGAACCGCAUUUUGUGGAUCGACGAGAAGAAUUUAGUCGCCCACGUUGAAGCGGGCAUCAUCGGUCAGGAUUUGGAGAGAUUACUCAACGAGAGCGGCUACUGUACGGGGCAUGAGCCCGACUCCAUGGAGUUCAGUUCCCUAGGAGGCUGGGUGGCCACGAGGGCAUCGGGUAUGAAGAAGAACGUAUACGGCAACAUCGAGGACCUGGUGAUCCACAUAAAGGUGGUGACCCCUCGAGGAGUGAUAGAGAAGAGCUGCCAGGGGCCACGCAUGUCCACUGGGCCGGACAUCCACCACUUCAUCCUGGGCUCAGAAGGAACUCUUGGUGUGGUUACCGAGGUAACGAUGAAGAUCCGGCCAAUCCCAGAGUACCAGAAGUACGGCUCGGUGGUCUUCCCAAACUUUGAGGCAGGAGUGGCCUGCUUACGAGAGGUAGCCAAGCAGAGGUGUGCACCUGCAUCCAUCCGGCUCAUGGAUAACGAACAGUUUCAGUUCGGUCAUGCCCUGAAACCUCAAGUGUCGUCCAUUUUCACAAAUUUUGUGGAAGGGUUAAAGAAAUUCUACAUCACCAAGUUCAAAGGUUUCGACCCCCACCAGUUGGUUGUUGCCACCCUGCUGUUCGAAGGGGACCGCGAGAGGGUCUUGCAGCAUGAAAAACAAGUUUACGACAUUGCUGCAACUUUUGGGGGCCUGGCAGCUGGAGAGGACAAUGGACAGAGAGGCUACAUUCUGACCUUCGUCAUCGCUUACCUCCGGGACUUGGGGAUGGACUACUACGUGGUCGCGGAAUCAUUUGAGACAUCGGUGCCUUGGGACAGGGUGUUGGACCUUUGCCGGAAUGUCAAAGAGCGUAUUAACCGAGAGUGUAAAGAGCGAGGGGUCCAGUUUCAACCCUUGACCUCAUGCAGAGUGACUCAGACCUAUGACGCUGGCGCAUGUGUUUACUUCUACUUUGCCUUCAACUACAGAGGACUGGCGGAUCCAGUACAUACAUAUGAACAAGUGGAGCACGCUGCUAGAGAGGAGAUCCUAGCCAAUGGAGGAAGCCUCUCGCACCACCAUGGAGUUGGGAAACUUCGGAAGGAGUGGAUGAAGGAGAGCAUCUCCAGCUUGGGCGUCGGGAUGCUCCAGUCCGUCAAGGAUUAUGUGGACCCAGAUAACAUUUUCGGCAACCGAAACCUCCUCUAAUUUACUCGUUGCUUUGUUUUCCACCUUUUAUCUUCACACCUUUUCUAACAGCCUCUCGUGCAAUUGGCUUUAACAGUUUUACUAAAAUGUGAAAUUGACAUGAAAAUAAAUAUAAACGUUCCCCCCCCCCUCCUCCUGUAUGACUUGAGUUGAGCUGUCAUCAUCAGACGUGGUUCCAUUCCUAGGGUGUGUGUCUGGUUCUUGAGGAAAGCAAUAAGCUGGUCACCUUUCACUUUCCUCGCGUUACAUUCUGUUGCAGGCGGUAACAAUAAUCAUCUAUGAUUCAUUUUUGAAGAUCAUUGCAUCAAGGCCUCAGUCCUUUCCAGAGUAUGUAUCAUACUAACUAUAGUACUGUGAGUGUGUACUGUUGCUCUUUUCAGUCACGUGUACAACACGCCAUAGGAAUGGCCUUUCAUACUGUACAUGAUGCGAGCUAACUUUUGUGAUCCCAUGUUUGCCAUUUUAUUAAUUCAUGAAUUGUUUCCUACGAUUUAUGCCAUCUUCACUAAUUUAAUUUGUAUUUGUACCCAUUGUUUAUUCACCUGUGUUUGGCACUACUUUAGCAGGAAGUUUGAGAUGAACGCACUCUGUAAAUCCCUGUGCCUUUCUGAAGACGUCUCCCUUUCCUCCUCAUAUACUCCAGGCGCAAAGGUUACCGACUGGAAGCUUGACUAGUUUGUCUUUUUUUUAUGGCAUCCUGUUUCUUCCCUAAUAAUGACCAUGCCCUUCAUUAGAGAUUUCUGUUUCCAAUUGGUCUUUGAAUCUCGACUCAAGCCCUCAUGCCUUUUAGUUAUGACUUAGAAUGAUGAGUUAUUGCCACGGGAGAUGUGUAUUUUGUUUGGAUCUAAACAUGUACCUACCUAGGAGUAUUUACAUUAUGCUUGAGUGGUGCCUACUGAAAAUUGACCUCAGGGUUCAAACGUCCCUACCCUAAAACCUUAACUAUUACGUUAAACUGUCAUUGAAGAAACUAUGACAAGGUUAGAUGAUGCAUCUAUCAACUCAUAUUAUUCAUAUUUUUGUAUUGAUUUGUCUGAAUUAGAUUUGAACCUUGCAUGGUCUUUGCUUGUCAUAUAGAGUUCAGUUUGUGGACAAAGCCAAUGUACUUGGAUCGUACAUGCUUUAGUGUGUACCUUUAGUGUUAACAGGUUACAGACAACUGAAUCCCAAUGCCCAUGUUUGUACCAAAGACUUUUCACACAACCCAUUCACCAUGCAAACAUACUGGAUGUAUAUGUUUGUACAUGUUGUAUAGUUAAAUACAUUUAGUAUUACAUUAACAUUUAUAUAUCCUGAUGAUACUUUUUUAUUAUUCAUAUAUGCAAAUACCCAGAAACCAUCUCUAGAAAUAUCCAAAAAUAUAUCUGUUACUGUAAGUAUUACAUGUACAGUACUUAUUCCUGUUCAUAUCAGACAAAACUUCAUUAAAAUGUAAUUACAAUUGUCACUACUUCAAAAUAAGUUGCUUGUAUUUACACACAAAUACAUCAGCAUUCAUUGCUAGUCUGGUGAGCGUCCCAGUAUUGUUGUUUUGUUGGAAAGGAUACAUUUGAGUCUAACAAAAUUGUACCUUUGUCAUUUACCGAUGAUUGUGUAGCUAAGUUUGGCCUCUCUUUUGGAGGCAUGUGUUGAUGUUGUGGCCAAUCCUGAACUCGCAGACAUGGAUUAUACUGUGCGGUGCUAGAGAAAGAUACAUGAAAUGUUGUGCGGACAUUUUCCUGUCACUACUACUGUAUGACUUUGUUCCUCUUGUUCCCAAGCUAGCCUCACAGCUUUCCCACAGUGCAUUGUGUCACCAUGCCACCUUCCUGCCCAAGUGUCUCAUCUCCAAUUAACAUUUUGCCUCAAUGAAGGAAAUGGUGGGGCCCCAGCCAGUAUUUUCUGAUCAGUUUCAUGCUUUUACUUGUUGUGAUGGUAUCGAAAGAGAACUUAACGAGAGCUUGAAAGUUUGUUAUUUUCCACUUGAUAGUAUUAAUAUUCAAGUACAUUUUGUUAAUGCUGUUUGUGCAAUAAAUUGAAAUAAAACAA